AAAAAAAAAAAAUGAAAAGCCACAUCAUCCGCGACUGUUGUUUACUAAACUCAACUGCUUCACCAGCUACAAUGAUCAUGGCUUGGAUACGUCCUGUACCUGCGCUAUUGCUCGCUUUUACUACCACAGCUGAGAAGACAAAAGUGAACCUUAAAACGAUACGAUCUAUUGUCAGCUAUCUGUUAUAUGCUAUCUAUAUAUAUAUAUUGCCUUAUCGCCGCCUUUGAGAUAAGUGAUAUUCUGCAGUUAAUAUCCCGGAUUCGUACAAAAAGCAUCACACAGAUUAACCCGAUUCUCGAGUGAUUAACCAGAUUAUACUCAAACUCUGUUAAAAUGACUGUCUUCAAAAUGGAAAGCAGUCGGUCGGAGGCAAGAUCAGGUGGGACCAUUCUAGCCAAUGAGAGGACAGAUCUCCGAUACAAAGUUAUUUUUUUCUCUCAAAUGUUUCCGCGAUAUCACGUGUCCUACUUAUACCGGUAACGUUACACUCAUAACAACUUAAACAAUACGAAACGUCUAUUCGAUCAAAUAAGCCACAACUUGCAAAUAAACCAUUACUUUUUUGUUAACCAAAUUCCACACUCAUUGUAAAUAAGAAUUUGUUCUUAUUCACUGACUUGCCUAGUUUAAAUAAAGGUUAAAAAAAAAAAAAACUUUCAAAAAACGCCACCUGCUGGAUAAAACAGAUUUUGGGCCCAUUUAUCAAUCUCUCUUCGUCUCAACCUCUGAUCAUCAUCAUCAUCAUCAUCCUCCUCCCAGGCCAGCUGUGCUGUUUUAGCUGAUCGCAGUUUAUGCGAUAACGGAGGCAACCGAAGGUUUUUGUUUCCAGAGCCCUUAUUUUUCUCGCUUGGUAAUAAUGGGCCUUGUGAAUAAAAGUUCUGCAACUGGCUAGUUCGAGCUAGCUAUAGUGAGCUAACUACACGGAUUUGUUUUGUCCGUGCCUGUGGUCUUUACAACCAGAAAGCGAAAUAUUACGUUUCCCCGCUUUGAAAUGUGAUACUUUUUUUAUCGACCCCUAGAGUCUAGAUACUCGUAGCUUUUGAACGGACAGAAUUAUUGGACAGAAUGUAUUAUUUUGGCUGAGGACAGAGCAUGACAGACAUUAUUAUAAUAACCAUCAUUCAUCUACCCUGGGGCUCCGUUCAGUCCAGUACGCCGCGGUGUGAGUAGCCCAUCCGGGAAGCGCACAUCAGCAGAGUACCAUCCUAUGCGCCUCUUGGGUGUCGAGGGCGAGAGGUGCUAACUGUUCCCAGAGCAAUUACGUCGGAGGGAAGAGGACGACGUUGCCUUGCCAUCUCAGGAUUAAACCAUGGCUAAUGAACCUGUCAUCCUUAAUGUGUAUGAUAUGUACUGGAUCAACGAGUACACUUCCACUCUGGGUGUUGGAGUCUACCACUCAGGCAUUGAGAUCUAUGGACGAGAGUUUGCGUAUGGAGGUCAUCCGUACCCAUUUAGUGGUAUAUUUGAAAUAAACCCUGGAAACACCACUGAAUUAGGAGAGACCUUCAAAUUCAAGGAGGCCAUCGCUUUGGGCACAACAGACUUUGCAGUGGAGGAUAUGGAUAAAAUCAUGGAGGAGCUGGGAACGGAUUUCAAGGGCAACUCUUACCAUCUAAUGCACAAGAACUGCAACCACUUCUCCUCCUCGCUGUCUGAGCUGUUGUGUGGGCGUGAGAUCCCUCGCUGGGUGAACCGCUUGGCCUACUUCAGCUCCUGCGUGCCCUUCCUCCAGACCUGCCUCCCUAAGGAGUGGCUGACCCCCGCUGCCCUCCAGAGCCACAUCAGCAUGGGGCUCCACAAGGAGGAGCGGGAGGCCGGAGAGUCCAGUGACGAUGACCCCAACUCAGCCUCCGGGACCGCUGGGGCGGGCACCGGAUCCUCACACAGCUGUCGCCAUACACGAGUCUGAACCAAUAACUGAAGGAAAUCACAUGACCUGUGGCUGUUACACAGGUGUCUCAUUACCAUACACCAUCUCCAUGACAACUGGGUGGGGGGGAAACUAUUUAUUUGUUUAUAUACUUAUAUUUUUUAAAUAAUCUAUAUUUGUAUUUAGUUUUUAAUGCAGUAACUCCUUUUUUUUUGCAUUAUCAGGAAGAUUUGUGUUCUUCUUGUUGAAGUGGGUUCUGUAGAGGUCAGUGAAUUGAACCCAUGGAUUUGAAAUGUGUUCUAUAGAGGUCAGUGAAUUGAACCCAUGGAUUUGAAAUGGGUUCUAUAGAGGUCAGUGAAUUGAACCCAUGGAUUUGAAAUGUGUUCUAUAGAGGUCAGUGAAUUGAACCCAUGGUUUUGAAAUGGGUUCUGUAGAGGUCAGUGAAUUGAACCCAUGGAUUUGAAAUGGGUUCUAUAGAGGUCAGUGAAUUGAACCCAUGGAUUUGAAAUGGGUUCUGUAGAGGUCAGUGAAUUGAACCCAUGGAUUUGAAAUGGGUUCUAUAGAGGUCAGUGAAUUGAACCCAUGGAUUUGAAAUGGGUUCUGUAGAGGUCAGUGAAUUGAACCCAUGGUUUUGAAAUGGGUUCUAUAGAGGUCAGUGAAUUGAACCCAUGGAUUUGAAAUGGGUUCUAUAGAGGUCAGUGAAUUGAACCCAUGGAUUUGAAAUGGGUUCUAUAGAGGUCAGUGAAUUGAACCCAUGGAUUUGAAAUGGGUUCUAUAGAGGUCAGUGAAUUGAACCCAUGGAUUUGAAAUGGGUUCUAUAGAGGUCAGUGAAUUGAACCCAUGGAAAUGUGUUCUGUAAAGGUCAGUAUUCCAUACUUUACCAUUGACACUUUCUACAUAGAAGAACAGUCGGAUAAGUUUUUCUAUUGUGUCAAUUUUAACCUCAAUUGGUAAUGUGCUUUUCCCUGAAUUGAAAGACGAUGCCACAAUUUUAAGAAUGCUAAUGGAAUAAAAAGAUACAAGAAUAACACCAAUA